AUGAGCGAAGAAGCAAGCGCGGAGGCUGCAGUGCCCGCGGCCCUCGAAGCGGCGGACGGCUCGCUACCCAGCGGCUCCGCCGGCGAGGUCCCGCCCGCCGGCGGCUCAGUCGAGGCGUCACCGCCUCCUGAUGGAGGAAGAGGUUUGGGCGGCAGGCCGUGGCAACGCGACGGCGAGGGCAGCUAUUCCUUUCCAAACGGCGUGGCUGCUUCCGCGCUUCGAGCUCCGGCUAGAUUUUUGACUGCAGAGCUCGAUGGCGUAGGCACCGUCUAUACUGGCUCCUUUGUCGACGGCAUGUUCCACGGCAGGGGAACACUGACCUUCUCGAAUGGCGGCAAGUACAACGCAACGUGGGAGCGAGGAAGGGCCGUCCGGGACGAGGGAUACGUGUUCAGCGACGGCUUGCACUUUACGGAGGGACGUCACUGGGACUAUUGCGUUGGCGGCGAUCGGAGGUUCUACUCUGAGAUUGUGAACGGCCUCCUUCCGGCGGGCGCGGACCAGCUGGCACCAUGA